AUGGAGGUUGGCUUAGCAGUUGGCGGUGCAUUCAUCUCUUCAGCUUUGAAUGUUCUCUUUGAUAGGCUUGCUCCUCAGGGUGACCUGCUGAAGAUGUUUCAGAAGCAUAUGAAUGAUGUUCAGCUCUUAAAGAAUCUGAGAAUGACAUUGCGUGGUCUUCAGAUUGUGCUAAGUGAUGCAGAGAAUAAGCAGGCAUCAAAUCCAUCUGUGAGAGACUGGCUUAAUGAGCUUCGAGAUGCUGUCGACUCUGCUGAAAACUUAAUGGAAGAGGUCAAUUGUGAGGCUUUGAGACUUAAGGUGGAAACAAGCAACCAGCAAGUAAGUGACCUCAACCUUUGCUUGAGUGAUGAUUUUUUCCUUAACAUAAAGGACAAGUUGGAAGACACAAUUGAAACAUUGGAGAAUUUGCAAAAGCAAAUUGGUGACCUUGGCUUACAGAAACAUUUUGGUUUGACUAAACAAGAAACUAGAACACCUUCAACUUCUUUGGUUGAUGAAUCUGAUAUCUUUGGUAGGCAGAAAGAAAAAAAGGAUUUGAUUGACCGUUUAUUGUCUGAAGAUGCAAGUGGAGGAAACCUGACUGUAGUUCCUAUUGUUGGAAUGGGCGGCGCGGGUAAGACAACACUUGCUAAAGUGGUUUACAAUGAUGAGAAGGUGAAGAACCAUUUUGGUUUGAAAGCUUGGUAUUGUGUUUCUGAGGCAUAUGAUGCUUUCAGAAUAACGAAAGGGUUACUUCAAGAAAUUGGCUUGGUGGUUAAUGACAAUCUUAAUCAGCUUCAGGUCAAAUUGAAGGAAAGCCUGAAGGGAAAAAGGUUUCUUCUUGUCCUUGAUGAUGUGUGGAAUGAUAACUAUAAUGAGUGGGAUGACUUGAGAAAUGUUUUUGUACAAGGAGAUAUGGGAAGUAAGAUCAUUGUAACUACACGUAAGGAGAGUGUUGCUCAGAUGACGUGUGCUAAGAAGAUGGAUCGUUGUGCAAUCACUGUGGGGACUCUGCCUAUUGACGACUCUUGGGCUUUAUUCAAACGACAUUCACUAGAAAAUAGGGAUCCUGAGGAACUUCCAGAACUUGAAGAGAUUGGAAAGCAAAUUGCAGACAAGUGCAAAGGGUUGCCUUUAGCUAUAAAGACACUUGCUGGUAUUUUACGUCGCAAAUCAGAUGUGGAUGAGUGGAGAGACAUUUUAAGUAGUAAAAUAUGGGAGCAGCCAAGUUGUUUGAAGGGUAUAUUACCAGCAUUGAUGUUGAGCUACAAUGAUCUUCCUCCAGAUUUGAAGCGAUGUUUUGCUUUUUGUGCAAUAUAUCCCAAAGACUAUCAAUUCUGCAAAGACCAAGUUAUUCACUUGUGGAUUGCUAAUGGUCUUGUACAGCAGUUUCGUUCAGGUAAUCUGUACUUUGACGAGUUGAGAUCAAGAUCACUGUUUGAAAGGGUCCCAAAGUCUAAAGGGAAAUCGGAGGGAUUCUUAAUGCAUGACCUUGUCAAUGAUUUGGCCCAAAUUGCAUCUUCAAACCUUUGUAUUAGGUUAGAAGAGAACGAAGGAUCUGAUGAUAUGUUGGAACAAAGUCGGCACAUGUCCUAUUCCAUGGGACGAGAAGGUGACUUUGAGAAAUUGAAACUACUCUCCAAAUCAGAGCAGCUGAGGACAUUGCUUCCAGUCAAUAUCGUCUUUUGCUUUUAUCAGCUAAGCAAGAGGGUGUUGCAUAACAUACUGCCAAAACUGACAUCCUUAAGGGCAUUAUCAUUGUCAGGCUAUGAGAUUGAGGAGUUUCCAAAUGACUUGUUUGUCAAAUUAAAGCUCCUCAGAUUUUUGGACCUUUCUUGGACAAAGAUUAAAAGGUUGCCAGAUUCUAUUUGUGCAUUGUAUAACUUGGAGACACUUCUCCUGUCAUCUUGUGCUGAUCUUGAGGAGCUACCGCUGCAGAUGGAGAAGUUGAUAAACUUGCGUCAUCUUGACUUAAGCAACACUUUUAACUCGAACUUGCGUCAUCUUGACUUAAGCAACACUUUUAACUCGAAGAUGCUGCUACAUCUGAGCAAGUUGAAAAGCCUCCAAGUGUUAGUGGGAGCCAAGUUACUUCUAGAUGGUUUGAAAAUGGAAGAUUUGGGUGAACUAGAGAACUUGUAUGGAUCUCUAUCAGUUUUAAAGUUACAGAAUGUGGUCGAUAAAAGGGAAGCUCUGAAAGCAAAAUUGAAGGAGAAAAAUCAUGUUGAGAAUUUAUCUUUGGAGUGGAGUGAAAACAGUACUGCUGAAUUUUCACAAACUGAAAUUGACAUACUUGAUGGGCUACGCCCACACACAAACAUAAAAGAAGUUGAAAUCACUGGAUAUAGAGGGACCCAAUUUUCAAAUUGGCUGGCUGAUCCUUUGUUUCUUAAGCUAGUAAAAUUGUCUCUUAGCAACUGCAAGGACUGUUUUUCUUUGCCAGCACUAGGAGAACUUCCUUCUUUGAAAAUCCUUUGCAUUCGAGGGAUGCAUAAAAUAACAGAAGUGACGAAAGAAUUUUAUGGCAGUUCAUCCUCCAAAAAGCCUUUUAACUCUCUUGAGAAGCUUGAAUUUGAAGAUAUGCUGGCGUGGAAGCAUUGGCAUGUACUAGGAUGUGGGGAGUUCCCUAAACUUGAGAAGCUUUCAAUUGAAAAUUGUCCGAAGUUGAUGGAGAAGUUGCCUGAAAAUCUUUGUUCUCUGACAGAAUUGGAAAUUUCAAAAUGUCCUCAACUGAAUUUGGAUACAUCCCAACUUGAGGGAAUGAAGCAGAUUGUUGAAUUAAAGAUUGGUGAUUGUGACCAUCUUACCUUACCUUUUAGCAAACUGCCCAGUACCUUGAAGAAAAUAAGAAUUUAUGAAUGCAAGGAACUGAAAUUGGAGGAGCCAGUUGGUGAGAUGUUUCUGGAGGAAUUGACACUGGAAGGAUGUGUUAUGUCACCUGAUCAGUUUCUCCCAAGAGCACGCGAAUUGAGUGUAGAGUAUUGCCACAACCUUACUACGUUUUUGAUUCCUACUGCCACUGAAAGUCUCUCUAUUUGGUAUUGUGAGAAUCUUGAAAAACUUUCGGUGGCAUGUGGGGGGACCCAGAUGACGUCACUGACUAUUCAUGGCUGUUUGAAGCUGAAGUGGCUGCCAGAACGUAUGCAGGAACUCCUUCCAUCUCUUAAUACACUGAAUCUUUAUAAUUGUCCAGAAAUAGAGUCCUUUCCUGGAGGAGGAUUGCCGUUCAAUUUACAAUUACUUGAUAUCUACAAUUGCGAGUUCCUCGUAAAUGGACGAAAUGAGUGGCUUUUACCGAGACUCAGACAGUUAGGGAUCGAACAUGAUGGCAGUGACGAAGAGAUGGAACAUGAUGACAGUGACGAAGAGAUCAAACAUGAUGGCAGGGACGAAGAAAUCGAACAUGAAGGCAGGGACGAAGAGAUGGAACAUGAUGGCAGUGACGAAGAGAUGGAACAUGAUGGCAGUGAAGAAGAGAUGGAACAUGAUGACAGUGACGAAGAGAUCGAACAUGAUGGAAGUGACGAAGAGAUCGAACAUUGGAAGUUGCCUUCCUCUAUCCAAAGUCUUACCAUAGGCAAUCAGAAAACAUUAAGCAGUAAAGAUCUCAAAAGCCUCACCUCUCUUGAAUAUCUACGUAUUAUUAAUUUACCUCAAAUUCAGUCACUGUUGGAAGAAGACCGGCUUCCCUCCUCUCUUUCUGAGCUAUAUUUAUAUUACCAUGAUGAGCUCCAUUCACUACAUCUUUGCCACCUCACUUCCCUUCUACAUCUAAACAUCGACUCUUGCCGUAAUCUCCAAUCACUCUCUGAAUCAGCACUGCCCUCCUCCCUCUCUUACCUGGGGAUCUCCCAUUGCCCUAAUCUCCAAUCACUUUCCGAAUCAGUACUGCCCUCCUCCCUCUCUCAGCUAGCCAUCUAUGAUUGCCGUAAUCUCCAAUCACUUCCAGUAAAAGGGAUGCCCUCUUCCCUCUCUAAACUAACUAUUUUCCGCUGCCCAUUGCUCACACCACUACUAGAAUUUAACAAGGGGGAAUACUAG